AUGGAGAGAAAAACCAGCAUUGGGCAACGCUUUUCCCAGCUCCAGGAGAAAAAUUUUAAAGCCAUGGACAGCCCUGACUGCCUGCAGCCUUUGGACAAGAUUUUCCUCGAUACAAUAUGCCAGGAGGAAAAUCUUCCCAGCUUUACUGGCUGCUGUGCUAAAAAGGAUCCUGAAAGAAACGACUGCUUCCUCUCCCUUAAAAAUUCAUCAAGAGGGUUCAUUUCACCUUUUGAAAGGCCAAAUGCUGAAGCUGCCUGCAGAAAUUAUUCGCAGCAUCAACAUCCAUUGACAGCAUAUUUUAUCUACGAGGUUUCCAGAAGACAUCCUUUCCUCCAUGCCCCGACAAUCCUUUCUGCCGCUCUGCGGUACGAGGAGAUGCUGAAGAGCUGCUGUGGAAGUGCUGCAGCCCCGACUGGUGGCCUGGAGGAAUGUUUCCGCAGGCAGGCACCAAAGGUGGUGAAGCCAAUAAAAGAGGAUGGCCUGAGGCAGGAACACACCUGUGGAAUCUUGAAGAAGUUUGGAGAAAGGACCUUAAAAGCUCUGAAACUUGUUCAGAUAAGCCAAAAAUUCCCUAAAGCUGAUUUUGUUAGUGUUAGCAAACUUGUGGUGGACAUUGCUAACAUGCACCAGGCCUGCUGCCGUGGGGACAUGCUGGACUGUAUGCAUCAGAGGGAGGAGAUUCUCCACUAUGUCUGCACCAACCAAGACAUCCUAUCAAGCAAAAUUAAGAAGUGCUGUGAAAAGCCUCUGUUACAAAGAAGUGAAUGCAUAAUUAAUGCAGAAAAUGAUGACAAACCUGCAGACCUGUCCCCCCACGUCAGGGAGUUUAUAAAGGACAAAGGAAUAUGUGAGCGUUUUGCCCAGGAAAAAGACACACACUUAGGCAGGUUUCUGUAUGAAUAUUCCAGGAGACACCCUGAAUUUUCUGCUCAAAUGCUUUUAAGAAUUGGGAAAGGAUAUGAGGACCUCCUGACAGAGUGCUGCAAACCUGGUGCUCCAGAUGGAUGCUGCAGCAGAGGGGAGGAAGAACUGAAGAAACAUAUUUAUGAAACUGAAAGUGUCAUGAAGACCAGCUGUGACAUUUACAAGGAGAAAGGAGAUUACUAUUUCCAAAACGAGUAUAUCAAAUUCACCAAGCAGAUGACUACAAUUGGCUCCAAAUGCUGUCAGUUGAGCCAGGAUAAGCUGCUGCCUUGUGCUGAGGAAAACGUGAGUAUUUUGAUGGAUCUUGUGCUUGGAGAAAUAUGUAGAAGACACCAGACUGAUCCUAUAAACCCAGGAGUUUGCCACUGCUGUAGUAGCUCCUAUGCUCUCAGGAGACCAUGCAUGGGGAAACUAGAAGUUGAUGAGAAUUUUGUGCCUUUAUCCUUGACUCCUGAUCUGUUCACUUUCCAUGAAGACUUGUGUACAGAUGAAGAAGAAAAGUUACAGCACAAGAAGCAGGAGUAAGACAUGCCUCUCCCCCUGCUGCUGCCCCCCCGGGGCCUCACGGCGCUGCCUUUGCUGUGCUUUGCUUGCAGGAUGCUCAUCAACCUCAUCAAGUACAAGCCCCGGCUGAGCCAGGAGCAGCUGAGCGCGGUGGCCGCGGCGUUCGCGGCGCUGCGGGAGCGAUGCUGCGGGGCUGCCAGCCCGGAGCUCUGCUUCUCCGCAGAGAUGGAUCUUGUGCUUGGAGAAAUAUGUAGAAGACACCAGACUGAUCCUAUAAACCCAGGAGUUUGCCACUGCUGUAGUAGCUCCUAUGCUCUCAGGAGACCAUGCAUGGGGAAACUAGAAGUUGAUGAGAAUUUUGUGCCUUUAUCCUUGACUCCUGAUCUGUUCACUUUCCAUGAAGACUUGUGUACAGAUGAAGAAGAAAAGUUACAGCACAAGAAGCAGGAGAUGCUCAUCAACCUCAUCAAGUACAAGCCCCGGCUGAGCCAGGAGCAGCUGAGCGCGGUGGCCGCGGCGUUCGCGGCGCUGCGGGAGCGGGGCUGCGGGGCUGCCAGCCCGGAGCUCUGCUUCUCCGCAGAGGUACCGCUCCUGCCCGCCCCCGGCAGCACAACACACACACACACCCCCCCGGGGGACUGCCCAGGGAGGACGUUGCUCCAUCGAGCAGCCCGGCAGCCAGAAUUCCCGCGGUUCCGUUUCCAAGGACGAACUCGGCUGCCCGCAGGAGGAGGUGGAGCAGUUGAAUGA